AUCUCCAGCGUUUAAAUUGUUACAGUGGAGAAAAAAAAUGGCUUUGAAUCAAAAUCAUUCUCAAUCCGGAGGAGUCGUCGUGAACAACGGCGAAAGCGUGCUGAAGGACUGUAAGGAUGUGGAGCUCUCGUUCAGUGACAUGUCGCAAAAAACAGACGCCUUCAAAGGGACCAAGAAAGGCAGCGUGUUCCUCACAGCAUACAGGAUGAUCUUCGUGUCGAAGGGGAGGGAUGCCAUGCAGUCCUUCAUGAUGCCCUUCUACCUGGUGAAGGGGUGUGCCAUCGAACAGCCAGUCUUCUCAGCCAAUUACAUCAAGGGCUGCGUGAGGGCGGAGCCAGGGGGUGGCUGGGAGGGACAGGCCUCUUUCAAGAUGGUGUUUAACAGUGGAGGAGCCAUUGAGCUCGGACAGCUCAUGUUCAAAGUAGCAACCAAUGCCUCUCGUGGCCCCCCUCCCUCUCAACACGGGACCUCUGUUUUUGGUUACGCCCCCGCGGUGUCUAUGAAUGGAUGUGGCCCUGCCGGCCCCUCCCCCUACGGACCCCCCCCAGCCAACGGGGCUUACAACCCCUACCAGCCCCCCCCUCCCUCCCAGCCCGGCUACUACCCAGCACCGCCCCCCCCGCAGCAACCAGGCAUGGGAUAUCCCUACACCCCCCCGUACAGCCAGCCAGGCAUCUACCCCUCUGCCCCAGUCUAUAUGCCCCCUCCACCCCCAUACCCCGGACCCCCCAUGAACGCACCCCCUGAUGUGUGGGCCCCACCCCCCACAGCAACAGGGAACCCCAAGGCAGCAGAGGCAGCUGCAUCGAGUGCUUAUUACAACCCCAGUAACCCCCACAGCGUCUACAUGCCCCAGGAGCAGCCUCCUCCCUACGCUCCCUACGCACCCAACGAGCACAAGAAAAACAAUUAGACCCCCCCCCCUCUCCUCUCCUCCCUCCCCUCUCCUCUCUCCCCUUCCAGCUCUCUCCUCUCCUCUCCAGAACACCACAAUCAAUAUCUUUUACAUUUAAAAAAAAAAAAAAAAAAGUUCAAAACUAAAACUGGAACUUUUUUUGCAUGAACUUUAUAAAUUAUUAUAAUAAUAAUAAUAAUAAUAAUAAUAAUAAUAGAUCUCUAGAAUAUGGAUUCCCAAUGUAUGUUGUUUGAUCAAUACAGCCUGUGCCGUAAAAGGAAUUUGCAUUGAUAUUUUAGAGAUGUCAUGAUGAUGAUAAUAAUAAUAAUAAUAAUAAUAAUAAUAAUAAUAAUUUUCUGUGAUGGUUCAACUGCUGUCAUUUGAAGCCGAUUUUAAUCGACAGACAGAGAGACACACACAGAGAGAAAGACAGACAGAGAGAGACAGAGAGACACACAGAGAGACAGACAGACAGACAGAGAGACACACAGAGAGACAGACAGACACACAGAGACAGACAGACAGAGAGAGACAGAGAGACAGACAGACAGACAGAGAGAGACACACAGAGAGACAGACAGACACA